AUGGGCCGCAAAGAACUUCCCAGUCGCGAUCAGCUCCGUGACUACAACUAUGCCGUCGCCGGACAUGCGGGCACCAUGUGCGACGCCGACGGCGAGCUCUUCAUCAAGCCCUGUACGCAGUCCGAAAUCGACUUCUACGAAUCUGCGGCGCGCCGACGCCCCGAGUUUGCUGAGCUGAUGCCCCUGUUCAUGGGUAUCCUGACGUUGAGUGACCCUGCCGACGGCAUCGACGAAGCUGUCGCCGGAGUCAUCUCGGAUGCCGGCGACGUCAAGACCACCAAAGAGCAGAUUGCUGCGACUAUCGCCGAGCACAUGUCAAGGCCCCCGACGGAGCGCCAGUCCGAGGACAAUGUCACCUGGAAAUCCACAAAGGGCAGGAAGAUCAAGACGGACACGGCCGUUGUCCUCGAGAACACGACACACGGAUUCAAAAAGGCAAACGUCCUCGAUGUGAAGCUGGGCGUGCGACUGUGGGCCGACGAUGCACCGUUGGAGAAGAAGCGCCGCUUCGACAAGAUCUCAUCUGAGACGACUCACGACAAGCUGGGAUUCCGCAUCGCCGGCAUGCGCGUCUACCACGGGUCGCAGGAUGCUUCGCAGCUGGACGAGGAAGGAUACAAGAUAUAUGACAAGGACUACGGCCGAGUGUCGGUCAACGAGGCCAACGUGGUGGACGAGUUUCGCAAGUUCGUCUUUAGCAAAGCUGCCGGCAUCGACCAGGACAUGGGCAAGGCCGUCUGCGCCGCCUUUGCGCGUGAUUUGACACGGGUCCGCGAGGUCAUGACCCGGCACGAGAGCCGGAUGUACUCGACGUCGCUGCUCUUCGUCUUUGAAGGCGACGGCGAAGCCCUGCGCGCCGCCAUUGAAGAGAACAAUGCCUUGGUGGAGUCUGCCGCCGGGUGGGCGCCGCCGGAUCGGACGGCCAAGCGCAACGACAGCGGCAUCGACCUGGCCGAGCCGGACGACGACAACGACCUGGAGGAGCUAGAGGCUUCGCUCCCGCAAAUAUACUCGUUGAAGCUGAUUGACUUUGCCCACGCGCAGUGGACGCCAGGGCUGGGCCCUGACGAGAACAUUCUGAAGGGUGUCCGGAGCUUGGAGCGAAUUUUCACGCAGAUGGCGCAAUAA